AUGGAGCUGCAACCGCUUGAAGGAACCCGUGAGGGAAAGACCGUAACAGUACCUGGUCCCUUCGAGCACACCCCGGCAGAUUCCAACCUAAGGAGAGUCGACAGUGGCUAUGGCCCUGGAUUGACUGUUCCCAUCUCAGCACCAGCCACAGAUGCAUCCCCCAGCAAUGCCAACAACGUCCAUAAUCAGCCCGAAGCUGCUGCUGAGGGUGCCUCAGGCUCUCUAGCUACCGAACCUAUCGAGACCACAGAAACAGCACCGGACAAUUCCCAGCCGUCGUUUUCGGCAUUCAGCAAAUACGAAAAGUUAUUCAUCGUGGUAAUGGUGACUCUUGCUUCGUUCUUCUCCCCUCUUUCCGGCCAAAUCUACUACCCCGUCAUGCCAACGCUGGUACGGAACUAUCACCUCACCCCGGAGCUGAUCAACCUCACAGUCGCAACAUAUAUGAUCUUCCAAGGCCUGGCCCCGAGCUUCAUGGGCACAUUCGCCGACACUGGGGGCAGACGCCCCGCAUAUAUCAUUGCGUUUGCAGUAUACACCGCUGCCAACAUCGGCUUGGCCUUCCAGAACAGUUUCGCGGCGUUGCUUGUCCUCCGCUGUCUCCAGAGCGCAGGGAGCAGCGGCACCGUGGCCUUUGGGUAUGGUGUUAUAGCAGACAUUGCAACAACAGCGGAGCGUGGGAAGUAUAUCGGGCCCAUGGCAGCAGGUGUUAUGGUUGCGCCUGCACUGGGUCCUGUUAUCGGUGGUCUUUUGGCCAAAUUCCUCGGCUGGCGCAGUGUCUUCUGGUUUUUGGUCAUUGUUAGUGGAGGAUACUUGGUGUUCUACGUGUUUGCUAUGCCAGAGACGGCGCGCAAGAUUGUUGGCAACGGUCGUACAGUACCAAAUGAGUGGUGGCGCAGGUCAGUCAUCCAAUGGUGGUCGAAGAGGCAGGCACAGUCGGAUGAGGAGGGGCAAACUGGUGCAGAAGGAUCCCAACAACAGUCCCCGCAUGCUAAGGGACUUAGAUUCCCGAAUCCUCUCAGGUCCUUUGUCAUUCUGCUGGAGUGGGAUGCCUUGAUCAUCAUCUCGUACGUCGGGAUCGUGAUGUUCUCGAAUAUCGCUCUGUUGACAAGCACUCCCAAUCUCUUCGGUCCCCUAUACGGAUUCAAUGAACUCCAGAUUGGUCUCUGCUUCUUACCCCUCGGAGUGAGCUCUUGCCUCGGCGCAGUCCUAUAUGGGAAAGUCAUUGACUACAACUACAAGCGAAUAGCCCAGAAGCUCGGAUUCCCGGUGGAUCGGAAAAAGGGAGACGACUUGCGCAGUUUUCCGAUCGAGCGCACUCGCCUGCAAACAGUGUUCCCAACAAUGGCCAUCGGCGUUGCAGCAUUCAUCCCGUACGGCUGGGUCCUGCAGCAAAGAGUACACUUAGCUGCCCCGCUGGUGCUUCAGUUCAUCAUAGGCUUUUGCUUCGUUGCAUCCCUGAACUGUCUCAACACCCUUCUUGUCGACCUGUUCCCAGAUAGGCCCGCCACAGCUGCGUCGGCAUGCAAUCUUGUUCGCUGCUGUCUUGGUGCUGUUGGGGCUGCUGUCAUUAGCCAGAUGCUGAGUGGCAUGGGGUGGGGAUGGUGUUUCGUUUUCCUGGGGUUGGUCAUGGCUGUUGGGAUGGGAUUGCUCUGGGUUGAGAGCGUGUAUGGGAUGGGCUGGAGAGAGAAGAGGUUCCUCAAGAUCGAACGGAAGAAGGCGGAGAAGGAGGCGAGAGCCGCUGAGAUUUGGGUCGAAGGAAAGGCCGAUGGGAGAGAACAGAAGGAUAUCAACGUUCGAGAUUUGAUUGCUGGUGCUGAUGCUAGUGUCACUGGAGGAACUGGAACUGAUACUCGCUCAAACCAGUGA